ACAGUGAGACAGAGAGAGUGACAGACAGAAAGACAGACAAAAGGAAACAGACAGACAGAUAGAUAGAUAGAUAGAUAGAUAGAUAGAAGAGGUGUUUUUAUUAAUUAUGUCCAUCUGUAGAGUAUAUGUGGCUGAGGUGGAGUUUGGUACAGUCUGGAGGAAGUAAAGCAGUCAGCGCGGGUAAAUGUGCGCGCGUGCAGAGCGCAGUGAGCUCAGUGAGCGCGUGCAGGUGCAGGUGCAGGUGGAGGCGCGCGGAUCAGCGCACGUGUUUUCGCGCUCAGUUUAACGGCAGCUCAGCGAGGCGGAGGCGCGCGGCGCCAUUUGCUGCUUUUGUUCCGUAGCAGAGGGAAACACGGCGACGUUCUGUGGCGGCGCAUCCGCAUAUUUCUGAGAGAAAUGCCCGCUUCAAAACGUCAUCACGGAUAAACUCUAGGAGGCACCUGCUGUCUUCCUGAAAUUGUGAUCAUGAUCCCUUCCUGUUUCACUCUGUUUGCCUUCAUCCUCUUCAGCAGCAUCCUGGAGGAGCCACUGCUGAGUGCUGAGGUGAAGGAAGGAGAGAUUCUGCCUCCUACCAUUCAGAAGCUGAUGAAAGGAUACAACAAGUACCUGAGGCCUUUCUUUGACAAUGGCCCUGUCACUGUGGGAAUGAGUUUGGACAUUGCCAGCAUUGACACAAUAUCAGAGAUCAACAUGGACUACACUGCCACCAUCUUCCUGCGGCAGCGCUGGACAGAUGAGAGGCUGGUGUUUGAAGGCAAUAAGAGCUUGAGUCUGGAUGGGCGUCUGGUGGAGCUGCUCUGGGUUCCUGAUACCUUCAUUGUGGAUUCCAAGAAGUCUUUCCUGCAUGAUAUCACAGUGGAGAACCGGCUGAUCCGAAUCUUCCCCAACGGGACUGUGCUUUACGCUCUCCGGAUCACCACCACUGUGGCCUGCAACAUGGACCUGACUAAAUACCCCAUGGAUAAACAGACAUGCACACUACAACUGGAAAGCUGGGGUUAUAAUGUCAAUGAUGUGAUGUUUUACUGGGCAAGAGGCAAUGAUUCAGUCAGUGGGUUGGACACUCUGCGUCUGGCCCAGUACACAGUAGAGGAUCAUUACACUUCUGCCUCAGAGGCUGUGUAUGAGACAGGUAAUUAUCCUAAACUCAUAUUCCACUUUGAGCUGAAGAGAAGCAUCCUCUACUUCAUCCUGGAAACCUACGUGCCCUCCAGUCUGCUAGUCGUGCUCUCCUGGGUGUCCUUCUGGAUCAGCCAGUCAUCUGUGCCUGCUCGCAUAUGUAUAGGUGUUACAACAGUGUUAACGAUGACCACUCUGAUGAUGGGUGCAAGGACGUCUCUACCCAACGCUAACUGCUUCAUCAAGGCAAUAGACGUGUAUUUGGGAAUUUGUUUCAGUUUCAUCUUUGGAGCUUUGAUAGAGUAUGCUGUUGCUCACUUCUGCACACUCCACCACCCAGAUUGCAACAGUGCACUUACGCACAUGCAGGACUGUGAAGAGGAGAUGAACGGCAUUGUCACCACCAUUGCCAGUGAUUCCAGGCGAGCAAAACGCCGUAAGGACUCUCCAACCCCUGCGUCCACAUCGACCCCUAGCGGAGAGCCUGAUCUCAUGGCCCAAACCCCUUCUCACCCAGAGCCUAGGACCCCGGAGGCCCUGGAGGAUCCUCUUAACCGCUGCAUCAGAAGCCUGUCCCUCAUACGACAGAUGCUCCGCUCUGUGAACUGCUGUCACGUGGAGAAUCCACACUACAUAGACAACUACUCUCGUGUAACAUUUCCCCUAUCCUUUAUCGUAGUCAACCUGCUCUACUGGACUUACUAUCUGUACUUUUAAUACGCCUCAGAGUGUUGGUGGGAGUUAUGAUGAAAGAGGGUGCACCUCAUGUCUGACUGAGCAUGAAGCGAUCUUAGUUUCUGUAUAUGUCUGGGUUUUUCUUUUGGUUGUUGAAAAUCCGAAUGGAAGUAACAGUAUGCAUGAUGGUGUGAGUGUGAGAGUUUUUUUUAUUUUGCAUUAUUUUACUUGCCUGAGUGGGUGUGCAAGUUCUUCUCACAAAUUAACCAUUUUGUGGAUCAGGUUUGCAAUUCUUUUACAGAAACUGCUGAAGGUGUAACAUGCUAAAAUGAUGCAAUAACAUGCAAGAGAAAGAGGCUGAUUAAGAUUAAGACAUUGAGAUGCCAUUUGAUUUCAUCUGCAAUGCAGAGGUGCCAACAAUAUACAAGAAAAAAUAUAAUAUAAUAAGGGAUUUUUUUUUUUCCACAAAUCCCCUAGCGUAAGCCAGUGAACAAGGUGGCUUGAUGGAUUAAUGAUAAAACAUGCACUGGCUGAACUGAUAUUUAACUUCAAUCUGCAGAAAGGUUUGGAUUUUUAAGCAACCAGCUUAGUGUAAAUGCUUACUUUAUACAAUUGUUAUAAAAUUAAAAUGCAUGUCCGGUCUUCAGUCCAAACAAUUGCCACAUGUUGCACAUAAUAAUAAAUCAUCUAAAAAUGUAGUGAAACCUAUUUACUGUUGAUUAACUGACUUUUUUUUGUAGAUCUGGGCAUAUAGACUUUGAUGAUCUGUAAACUUUCAUAACUGACCUGAAAGGAAAACGUCAUACAAAAGAAACACCUAGUCUGCUCAAAGAGGAACACAAAAUACUCUUUGUAUUUAUCAAAAAAUAAGUGCUGUAGGAAUAUAUUAAACCCACAGCACAAUACAAUGAGCACUUUUAUUAUUAAGUGAUUUGUCUGUCAACCCAGAAAUGCAAAAAUUUUUUUAAAAAUAAAAAAGUACAUUCUACCUAGCACAUUUUGCAUGAGAUUAUGAUAUUUUUUUUGCAGAAAAUUAUGAACUCGUUUCAAUUCCAAUUUCAAAUUCAGCCAGAUUUCUAAUUGAUCACUUGAUACUGUUGAGUUGCACAUAUCUACUAUAUGUUAGCUCUGCCACAGUUUUUUCACCUCUCUAUAUUCCUCACGGGCCAUUCAAAAUCAGCUAAAUUCAGCCUACUGCUACCAGAAGCAAAUGUGUUUUUCACAUCUCAUGUCUUUUCCCCUUGAGAGAAUUGUUUUUUUUUUCCAGCCAGGGGAAUUUUAUUUGCAUUUGGUCAGACUGCUGAGAAAGCAGGAAUGCAUAGUUUUCCAGUAUUGCUGUAGCAAUGGUUCAAAAAUCUUAACUGCUCCAGCUAAACCGUAGAUGUUGGUGCCUCUGCUAAUGAUUUAUCGAUAUAUAUUUGAGCAUCAACAUUUUAUAGUAUUGUCCUCAUGUGCCGCAGACAUGUAAUGCGUUCUUCCCUUCUUGUCCGUGCAUUACCGUGUUUCCAGUUAUUGGUUCUGCCAGUGGAGGGAUUUGCUCUGAGUUAGUGAGCUGGCUGAAAUUCUGGUCAGUGCUACAGGGGGCAAACUGAAGCUAUUGCUCUUUUUUAUUGCCUCAGUAAAAUUUCUGGCCCGGGCUCCCUCCCUCUCUCACACAUUAUGAGGAUCAACUCUCAGCGCAAGCCAGUGUAAAUCGUUUUAUAUGAUUUGGUAUUAAAUUAUUCAUUAUGUAGUCCAUUUUACAAGCAGGAAAAGUGCCAAGAUCAUGUCUGGUUGCAGAGAAACGGUACAAACAGGAGCUUGGGGACCACCUUACAGUAUCCUCUGUACCCUUGACAGGGGACUAGAUUGCUUGGACAGUUAGGGACACUUUGUGUUAGUAAAUCACUUCUUUAGGAAGCUGUAUAAUUUUGCAAAAUUUACAUUUACACUUACAUUUAUGGCAUUUGGCAGACGCCCUUAUCCAGAGCGACUUACAAAAGUGCUUUGAAGUAUAUCAAAAAUACAUUCUGAUAAUAAUAAAUAAACAUGGAUUUGUGGCACUGUGUGAUAUGACCCUGCGACAAGCCUUGUAAGAUUUGAUCUAAACAAUAAGAUAUACCUAAUUAAUACAUACUGCCUUAUAAGGGUGAAACUGGAAGAGAAAAACAGCCAACUGCAACAUUCUCCCUUUUUAGCAGACAAGCAAACAAGUGUUUGAUUUUCUGAAUGGCAUUAAUAUUCUUCUACAGUUGGAUCUCCCAGCACAGAUUAAUCUUUCUGUCCUAGGCAGAGAUUGCCUCUUAAAUGUGGCACCCCUCCGAGAUUUAGUCCAACCAUAAGCCUUACCUGCAGCACGUUAAAAAAAUGGCCAUAUUGAUUAUAUGAAAUGUGAAGCAGAUAAAAGAGGAUGACUGACUAAAGAUGUGACAGCUGUUCAUCCUGUUAAGAUUAAAGGACAGCACGGCAGCCAUACUAAAAUUUCAAUCAACUUCUAAAGAGCUCAACAUCGAGGUAGGAGCUUUCACUUGGCAUUCAUUUACCCCUACCCCCACCCCACUAGAUGUGCUUGAUUCAUGUUUUUUCCUUUCUGGCUUUACACAAUACAUGGCAAUACAUAAUGUUAUGCCACAUAUUUUAUGUUUAUUAAUAUAUGUAAUUUUAAACUGUAUACAUUUGUAAAAAUUCAAAGGAAAAAAUGGUAUCUACUGUAGGCCAUCCAUGCUUAUAUAAUGUAAAAUACAUUUGAAAAUCAUGUCUACAAUAUGGAUUCAUGGACAUUUUAACAAUAAUCUUUUAUGAGGUAAACAGAAUUGAAUGGAACUCCAUUUUAAAAAGAUUUUCGGCAGCAGCAGUAUGCUGAACUACUUUUUUUUUUUUUUUUUUUUAAGAAAAUCAGACUUAUUACCUCAAAAUUCCUUAUUAUCUUUAAAAUUCUGAUGUUAUUAUCAAAGAAUUUGGACUUAACUCAAAGUCUUGACUUAUUAUCUCAAAAUUGUCACAUAUGAUCUUUAAAAUUCUGAAGUAUUAUGUUUAACAUUCUGAAUUAUCUCAGAAUUCCGACUUAUUAUCAUACAAGUCUGAGUUAUCUGAAAAUUUUGACUUACAAUAUGUUUUGACUUAGUAGUAGUUAGUAGUUUAACUUAUAACUUCUUCUCAAAUUAUAUCAAUUUAUUUUACUUUGUAGACCAAAAUAAAAUUAUGUUGAAUGUAAUUUUUUAGAGAACAUUUGUUACUGGUUAAUAAGAACUAGCCCCUGACCUUUGAUCCCAUUUUCAGACAUUGAUCAUAAGAUAAGCUUAGAUAAGAUUAAAAAGGACUAAUUACUUUCGCUAUUUGUGUAUCUCUAUCAUCAUAUAUCAAACUUUUGAGAUUAAAAGUCAGAAUAUUGAGGUGAUAAAUCAGAAUUCUCAGAGAAUGUGAAAAUUUUUAGAUAAGUCAAAAUUUUUUUGACAUGCUGAUGUUGCCAAAAAUAAAGAAAAAACAUGAGGAAAUUUACUAGUGAAGCUGGAGUAAGAAGACAUUUUAAAAUGCAUUUUGAUUCGUGGUAAAACCUCAGUCCCCUUCAUUUUACUACGGCAUAAAUUUAUCUAUAAAGCCAUGUCAGUUGUCCAUUACUCCAGCUCUAGCUCAUGUUGUAGAGCUGCAGCUGCAUGCGUGGUCAUCACAGUGUACAUCACAGUGGACAUGCCUUAAGCUUCUGAGAUUUUAAAGCUGUAGUGCUGAAAAGCUGAAACUGUGCCACAGUUACAGAGAACUGGUUGUGAGUUUAUUAAAGGAGAACAUGGUGGAAAAAACGUUCGAAACAUUGUAAUAGGGGAGCUGUUAUUAUAAAUCUUUUGCUAUUACAGUAGUGACAUUUAGCUGGCUGGUUGCAGCAAAUACUAAAUGGAGCAUCCAGGAUUUAAUUUAUAUAUAAUAGUUACUAGACUCGCAAUAGAAGUUAGAAGUUAUGCUGAUUUUCUUGUUAUAAAGUUGCAUUACCUUGUGCAAAGCAAAACUGUCACUUAUAUAGGUGUCCUUUGAUAAAACAGUUGAGUGGUUUAUAUUGAUAUAAUUAAAUGCAUAUCAGUGCCAGAUUAUUCAACAAAAUAGCAUGUGCAUAUUGUUUAGUAAGAAAAAGCAAUCCGACCAUAAAAGAGCACAAAUGAUUCUCAGUAAAGAUCUUUCUGUCUUUUUAAGCUGCUGAUUUUUUGGUUUAAGCUGAAACUUUUUUUGGGAAAGGUUUUUUAGCCCCCCACCAUUUUAUCUGUUUCAGAUAGAGUCCUCAAAUCAAUUACAUUUUGGGACUCAUUCAUAACAUUCAUCCAGCAUGUUAAUAGACCAGACUAUUCAAGUCCGUAUGCAGGACUCCAGCCUUUUGCACAAUAUACAGUAGCAUUCUAUUGCUUUUAAAUAUUUCGUGUUUUUUCAGCAUGACAUGCCAGCUGAGCUUACAGUAUGGAUGGAGUGUGUUGACAUCUGGAGAUGCAACUGACUUCCUAUUGUUAAAUUACUGUAAAGUGUAUACUGUAACACUAAAGCAUAUAUGAUGUUAGAUAGCUUAAAAAAAGAUGUAAAUACAUUGUUACACUCUGCAUG